UAACGACAAAAAAGUAAAUAAUUUUUUUACUUUUAGUUUCUGUACAUUUCUUUUAACUAUUAUUAGUUAAUCCAGUUAUUCGUUAAUGAUUCGUUAUCGAAUAAAUUAUUUGUUUCUAUUUAAAAUUUCUGAAGAUUUACCUUUUUCAAAUUAAUUUUAAAUAAAAUAUUUACAAUGUAUCGAUAACUGAUCAUCAAAAUGAGUAGUUUUCGGUUUAAAAAUCCUGAUGAAAAACCAGGAUAUGGAGAGGAAGAUUCUAGUUUUGAAUCUGCCAUAUCUUCUUCAUUUGUGUAUAAUCCAUAUAUGUCAUUGGAUUUACAAAGUCAAAAAAAUAAAUUACCUAUCACUAAAUACAGAAAUGAUGUUUUAUAUCUUUGUGAAAAGUUUCAAACAUUAAUAUUAGUUGGUUCUACGGGAAGUGGAAAAAGUACUCAAGUAUCACAAAUGCUUUUAGAAAGUGGUUUAUGCCAAUUUGAUAAAACAAUUGUUGUCACUGAACCUCGGAAAAUAAGUGCCAUAACUUUAGCUACUCGAGUAGCUCAGGAACAAAAAACAAUUCUCGGCCAAUUAGUAGGCUAUUCAGUUCGAUUUGACAAUUGCUGCCAACCAGGUACUAAAAUUAAAUAUAUUACUGAAGGUAUUCUUUUGAAUGAAAUGAUGAGUAAUCCUUUAUUGGUAAAUUAUUCAGUUAUCAUAUUAGAUGAAAUUCAUGAAAGAAGUUUGAUGACUGAUAUUUUAAUGGGACUUAUUAAAAAAGUUUUGAAGAAACGACCAACUUUAAGACUUAUAGUAUUAUCAGCUACUUUGGAUUCCUCACAACUUAAAUCAUAUUUUAAUUUUAACCAAAGUAAUAAUCCUGAAGAUGAUACUGCUACAGUUUUGGGUAUUGAAGGAAGAUCUUAUCCUAUUACAAUAUAUUAUUUGAAAGAACCAGCUCCAAAUUAUAUUGAUGAAUCAAUUAAUACAGUACUAAAAAUUCAACAAAAUACUCCUUCAGGGGAUAUUUUAGUAUUUUUGACCGGAAAAGAAGAAAUAAUGCAAGCCGUUAAUACAUUGGAUGAUUAUUCCACCAAGAAUACAAACGAAAAAAUUCGACUUCUACCUCUACCUAUGCAUGGUACAUUAACUAAUGAUGAACAACUUAAAGCAUUUCGCCCAGCACCAAAAGGAUACAGAAAAGUAAUUUUUUCAACCAAUGUUGCUGAGACAUCAGUUACAAUAUCGGGAAUUGUUUAUGUAAUUGAUUGUGGAUUUGUUAAAUUAAAGUGGUUUAAUUCUAAAUUUGGAGCUGAUUCUUUGAUAACUGUUCCUAUAUCUAAAGCAUCAGCAAUUCAAAGAGCCGGUCGCGCUGGAAGAGAACGACCUGGAAAAGUAUACAGAUUAUAUACAAAAGAAGCAUACGAUAAUUUAAUAAAUGCCACUCCACCAGAAAUGAUGAGAUCUGAUUUAACUGAUGUGACAUUACAACUUAAAUCAAUUUAUAUUAAUAAUAUUUUGAGAUUUCCAUUCCUUAGUCCACCUCCUGCUAAAAAUCUACUUUAUGCUUUAGAAAUGUUGAAGGCUUUAGAAGCUAUAGAUGAAUUUGGAAAUUUAACAGAUAAAUUUGGAACUAUAAUGGCUAAAUUUCCAUUGCAGUUAAAACAUUCCAGAAUAUUAUUAAAAUCUGGCGAAAUGGGUUGUUCUGCAGAAAUUGUAUCGAUAUUAGCUAUGCUUCAACUUCAAGAUGCUUUUAUUCGUCCUAAGUAUGGUGCUACAAUACAAAAAGCUAAAAUGCAGCAUAGAAAUUUUGAAGUUGCAGAAGGAGAUCUCUUAACGUUAUUAAAUAUCUACAAUGGAUUUGAAAAAAACCAAUGCAGUAAACAAUGGUGUCAUCGUUUUUUUAUAAAUUAUAAUGAACUAUGCAAAGCACAAAAAAUUCGUUCUCAUUUAAUAGAUUUAAUGAGAUCAUCAAAAAUUCCACUUAAAUCAUGUAGAGGUGAUACAAGAGUUAUUGUGAAGUGCAUUGCAUCAGGACUCUUUAAAAAUGCUGCUUAUUUACAUUACACUGGGGUUUAUAGAUCUGUUGGUGCAGAUGAAGAUCUUUAUUUCCAUCCUAAAUCUGUUCUAAAUUAUGUAAAUCAACCACAAUGGGUCUUAUACGACGAACUUCUAGAAACAACGAAAAUAUAUAUUAAAAAUUUGAUUGAAAUAACACCAUCUUUGUUAUUAGAAGUAGCUCCUCAUUAUUUUUCUACUCCAACUUUAUAAAAAUAAUAAUUGUUUAAUUUUUUUUUUUUAUGACUGCUUUAAUUUAUAAAUU